AAUUUAGUAUGGUUUCUUGAAACAUGAAAGCUACCGGUUCUCAUUCAUGAGCAUCAGCUAAGAGAGCUAAAGGCUAGAACGUGACCGGAAGCUGUUGGCUCCUCUCCACAGCUCCACUCGCUAGUCUCCAGGUCAAGCAAUGAAAGACAGAAUCAAAGUAAUAGCGAGAUUUAGACCGGGCGUCCCAUCAAACAUUUACGAUGUCAGAGAAGGCUCAGUGUUUGUAGAUGGGAAACCAUACACGUAUGACAGCGUCCUUGAUCCGCAGAGUAGCCAGGAAGCAGUUUACAACAGUACAGCUAAACCUAUCGUGCAAGAACUGUUAAAGGGAUACAACGCUACAAUAUUUGUGUACGGACAGACAUCGAGCGGCAAGACGUACACAAUGGAGGGAGACCUAAGUGGGAGGAAACGCGGUAUCAUACCACGUGUGGUGGGGGACAUCUUCUCUCACAUUGCAAAGAUGGAGGACAAAGCCGAGUUCACCAUCAAGAUUGCUUAUUACGAGAUUUAUAUGGAGAAGAUUCGGGAUCUGCUCGAUCCAAACAAGAAGAAUCUGAGUAUACACGAGGACAAGGCUAAGACGACGUAUGUGAAGAAUGUUACGGAGCAGUUUGUGGACUCUUCAGCUCAGAUUCUGGAGUUGCUGAAGGAGGGGAAGAGGAACAGAUCAGUCGCAGUCACUGACAUGAACGAGCACAGUUCGAGGUCGCACAGCGUGUUUCAGAUCACUGUGAACCAAUGUAACACUACCACGCAACAGAAACUCUCCUCAAAGCUGUAUCUGGUUGAUCUGGCUGGCAGUGAAAAGACUUCCAAGACGAACGCACAAGGUAUGACCCUAGACGAAGCUAAGAAGAUCAACACGUCCCUAAUGUGUUUGGGGAAGGUCAUUUCAGCUCUGUCGGAGGGACAGGGACAUAUCCCGUACCGGGACAGCAAACUCACUAGGGUCCUUCAGCACAGCCUUGGUGGUAAUUCCAGAACUACAAUAGUAAUCUGUAUGUCAAUGGAUGCUACCAAUGAGAGCGAAACUAAGUCUACUCUUGCUUUUGGGACUCGAGCGAAGAAGAUCAAGAACGUGGUAACACCCAACAUAGAGCUGUCACACGACGAGCUGAAGAAGAGAUACGACAGAAUCAAGCACAUGUACGAGAAAUGUAACUCAGAGUUACUACGGUGGAGAAGCGGUGAAUCAGUUAACGAAGAAGACCGAGUAGAGCUAAUGACCAGUAUGACUGAUAUAACUAUGAGUAGCUACCCUCCCACUCAGCCCACGUGCACGUGCACGAGCGCGCCGACUGUGAUCCCAGUGUGCACGUGCACAAACAUAGUUCCCGUAAUCAGGGCUGGUACACAGCACAGAGCACCUUGUCUGGUUAAUCUGAAUGAGGACCCCCAGGAGGGGGAGUAUCUGUCCAUUGACAUUCCAGAGGGUAUGCUCCUGGUAGGAAGUUCCCAAGUCCCAGACACUGUCGACAUUUAUCUGUCCGACGUUCUUAUACACCCAAUCCACUGCAAGCUAGAAAACUGCGAAGGGAGAGUUUUCUUGAAACAGUGGGAAUCAGAGGCGACUGUCUUUGUCAACGGGCAGCUUUUGAUCGGUGAAAUUACCUUGAACCACGGAGACAGGGUUAUCUUCGGAGGUGGCCACUAUUUCAGGUUCACAGCACCUGGUGGGACUGUUGUUUUACCGGAAAAUAAACUACGGAACGUGGCAGACUACGAGUUUGCUAAAACAGAACUCAUCAACUCAGUAAAUAACCAGAAGCACAUGAAGCUGAUGACAGAGAACGAAUCACUGAGCAGAGAGUUGGAUAAAGCCAGGAAUAAGAUAUCGGAGAUGACUUGUGAACUGGAGGCUGGGCAGGCCAUCAUUGAGGGUCAAGCAGCAAACACUCGCCGGUUAAGCUCCCGACGCCAGUCUAGUGUCACCACGGUGUCUUCUUCUUCAGACGGAGGUGAGGACUGUGUGGAGAGACUAGUCCUCCUCUCUGGGCAGCUCCGAGACCGCAUCAUGGAAGGACGGGUACCUAAACAAGACAAGAACCUACAAAUCUCAACAUACCUCGACUCCUGUGAUUCCUUGCUCAGCGACGAAACCUUCAACAUGUACCUAAAAAUGAAGGAAGCAGGCGAGCUCUGUAAGCUCAUCAAACGAAACAUCGUCUUCACGCGAGAGACCGUCUCCAUGGACAACAGAUCAGACGUGUUCAUCAGAGCUGCUGACUUGACGAAUAACAGAGCGAUUGUUUGGAGCUUUGAGACGUUUUGUGAGCGAGUUGAAGGGUUGAAGGCUUAUUAUCAGGCCUUGUGUCAGAACUCGGUGGUGCCAAUAGAGGGUAAGGACAUGUCAGGAAUAUUCGGGUGUGAGGAAGAGUGGGAGAAGGACCUCAGCAUGCUCUCAGACGAGGCGAGCAUUAUCUCCGAGACUAAGCUUUCUUCUAGCGCUUCCGAGAGUUUCCUGAGUGCCACCUCUUUUAUCAGCACCCCUAGGAGUUGCAAAUCAAGAGGCGGAGACCGUUACGGAGACUGCUUAUCACAACUACACCUCCUACUGACAACAACACCUCAAAUGUGUAACACCUUCUCUGGUAACACUCUCUGCGACACCUUGUUAGAAAGUGUCAGAGCUGUCAGCUACACUCUCUCCUCCAUCGCUGACAAGGAGGUGAGUCUGGUACCCAAACUAACCCACCAUCUGACAUGUCUGUACCGUGAUGCUGCCUCCUGGACCCAACACACUAAACCUAACUUCAAACUAACCCACGCAGUACAGGAUGUCCUGUCUGCUGUUAAGAGAAUCGUGCAGCGGUCGAUCGAAGGAAGAAACAUUCAUGAAGCGGAUCUGAGUCGAGCACAGGGGCUGUUAUUGGAGGUGGUUUACCAUGCUGGUCAGAUGUGUGGAGCAGCUCUGGUGGACUCAUCCUCUGCAGUUCCUCCAACCGAGGGAAAGAGUCAAGCAGCUGAACGGACCUCCUUACCAGCUACCAGCACUCCUAAUAGACAUAGCAUUCUCAGUCCUAGAAAUAUAGACCUGGACGUUACUAGUGAUUACAACUCUUCUGGAAGCUCCAUUGAUACCAGCCAAGGGGACAUCUCUGAAACAAUGCGGGAGAAGUUACUGCUGGGAGUUCAGGUUUACCUCCAGCAACUGAUUGAUGAUACAACUGAGGGGCUCUCUUCAACUCUCACCCUGUCUGUUAGUCCAUCUGUUCGUCAACCGAGGAAGCUAAAGGACAAUGUGGCCAAGUUGUCGGCAAUUCUCAGGGCUAAGAAAGACGAUAUUUCUAGAGUAUUUACGAUUCAAGACUCCGCUACAGAAUCUGUGCAAUUCCUCCUUUCUGGAGUCACAUCACCUGAAAACCUAUUUCCAAAGCUAAAUGAGAUACAGAGCUGGUCUCGGAUCGUAACCGCCGCGGUAACAGACAAGGAGAACACACGUGACACUAGCCACGUGAUACGACAACUAAACUACAAGAUCGAGGAAGUUCUGGGGUUGGUGAGGGUUGAUCCUGUUCUUAGCUCAACUCCUAAAGUGAGAUGAUGAGCUUGGUGAUCUGACUGAAAUUAAAAAGCAAGACUUUUCGGAUGAGUUUUAAGAUGACCAUUUUUGUUGCCUUAAACAUGAAAUGUUGACAAAGAGACAGACAUUGAGACGAUUGAAUUUGUUCGAUUAUUGAACUUGAAGACUACUGCCACUGGUCAUGACGUUCACUAUUUUUUAUAUCACCUUAGCGAGUGUGACUUUGCAGUUUUGGAUGAAGAAAAUCGUUAAAUUUCUUGAGUUAAUGUACAUAUUUAAAUUUUAGAGUAGUAGCUAUAAUAUAGAGUCAAAAGGCAUGUUUGUAACUUUGUCGUUGUAAGUAGAAAGUCUAGCUAUUUUCAAUUAUAAAUAUUAGGUUAAUACUUAGUAGUAAUGAUACGUUGCUACUUAAAUGUAACAAAGUAACAGGAUCCUGAAUUUAUGAUCCAAAGAGAGAAAACAUUACGCUUGUUAUAUUUGU